AGAUAUGGGUGUUCUAUAGCUAUGCGAAGUGUUGUUAGCAUUCAUAAUUUUGAAUGUUUUACAACGCCCGCGCUGCAAAAUGUCUUUACUCAAACCUUUUAGUAAACUUCCAGAAUUAAACACGGCGAACAUACUGCUGGUAGAGAAUGAAGAGCAGUUUCAACAAAUUUUAGCUGAGACUAUUGUGCUCCUAAAGAAGAAUGUUAACGUCAAUGUGAGACUUGCUAGAAGCCUCCCACUGCCAAUCGAGAACGAGAAGUUUCGGCCGCGGAUAGAUCUGGUUGUUUUCAUCAUUAACCUAACUUCAGAACUCAGUUACCAGUCAGCAGAAGUAUCCCUCAAGUUUUUAGACCCCGAUUACUUCCUGGGCAAAGUCUGCUUCCUCGUUACUAAUGCUCGUAAUGCGUCCGUGCCCCCUGAGCGUCUGAUCUCUGUGAGGAAGCUAGUUGCAUCUCUCCAUUGCCCCUUACUGUUUGCAGAGGAUCAGAUGACAGAUGGAGUGAAUACAGCAGCCCAUAGGUUACUGGCCAUUCUCAAGGUGACCUCUGGCCAUGUCCCUAUGGCAACUGGCCUUUACCUGUCCAGCCUAACCCGCUGCACCGUACCUUCUGACAUUGACCAGCAGAACUUUGACUAACCUUUGACCCUAGGGAUGAGUCGAGUCUGGUUGGCUAGGUACUUAAAUCAACUUAUGGGUGUCUCUAAAACGGAUACUUGUAACCAGUUUAUAUAGAAUGGACUGCUUGUUUGUUAACUUUGUUUGUAUGUACAGUAUUUAUAAUGAGUACAGUACCUUUAAGAAAAUGUUGCAUUAGAAGCCUUUAGCAACUUCAUGUCUUCCUGUAGUUUUUGUUUUAUACAGAUGUAUGUAAAACACUCUAGUGUGGCCUGCAUUCAGUGUGUUCUUGAUAAGGUUCAUGUCCUGGUUAAAAGGAGGUUUAUUUCCCAGUGUCUGGUCUAAUCAAAACUGAGGUUAGCUAAGAAGGCAGUAUAAAAUAAGCACAUGUAUUGAGCUAUAUUGUAAUUUUACAGCAUGUGUAAUAGAUUGUACCUUUAUGGAUAUAUUUGUUUGGGCCUUUUGUUUGCUUUAAGUCUUUAUUAUUCUGUUCAGUACAGGUAUCUUAUGUGAUUUAAUUUAAGUCAAAUACUGGUCUCCUAAACGAUGUGUUGUCAUUUUGUAUAAGUAUACUGGUAAAAAGUUUAGGGAACACCUAAAUCAGACACUAACCUUUAUCCUAACCCUUACACUAAACCAGGGCAGGGCAAAUUUGUAUCAGGGUCCACAUCAGAAUUUUUAAGAGAUGGAGGUCCGUAGUUGUUUUGUAAUUUGUUAAUCAUAAAAGAUUUUCAGCCCAGAAAAGGGCAGUAAUUAAAACAUUUAUACAUUAGG